AACAGUUUGAGUAUGUGGAAUGAAUCAUUCGGUUACCUAAACUUUAAAUUAGACAGUGUUAAAUGAUUGUUACUAUAAUAGAAUAUUGAAAGAAAAUUGAUUUGUAUUUUUGUAAUGUUCCUUCACACUUAAUGUUUGAAGUUUAUAUUUCAAAUUGAACAUUAGUCAUGAUUAAGGCUAUUUUAGUGUUUAACAAUCAUGGAAAACCUAGGCUUUCGAAGUUUUACCAAUAUUUCAAUGAAGAUAUGCAACAGCAGAUAAUAAAAGAAACGUUUCAAUUGGUUUCAAAGAGAGAUGACAAUGUCUGCAAUUUUUUAGAAGGUGGAAGUUUAAUUGGUGGAUCCGAUUACAAGCUGAUUUAUCGACACUAUGCUACAUUAUAUUUUGUAUUCUGCGUUGACAGUUCAGAGUCAGAAUUAGGAAUAUUGGAUUUAAUACAAGUGUUUGUUGAAACGUUGGAUAAAUGUUUUGAAAAUGUAUGUGAACUUGAUCUUAUCUUUCAUGUAGAUAAGGUUCAUUACAUACUAAAUGAAUUAGUAAUGGGUGGAAUGGUCUUGGAGACGAAUAUGACUGAAAUACUUACACGAAUUGAGGAUCAGAAUAAAUUGGAAAAACAAGAGGCAGGAAUCACAGCAGCGCCGGCGCGUGCUGUUUCUGCUGUCAAGAAUAUGAAUAUACCGCAACAAAUAAAGGACAUGAAGUUACCUGAUCUGCCGCAAGCUAUAAAAGAUCUGAAAUUCUGACCAGCCGUUACUUCGUUGGCUCCAAGCUGACUUGUUUCAACCACAAUUACAAUUUCAACUGACGUUAGAACGAUCUUUUCCUUCUCUUUAAGAAAACGACAAUACACCAAUACUAUCCACAGAUAUCUCAAUGGUACCGAACAUACGAAAAAGAAGGUUGUUCACAAUGAAGAUCUAUGUAUAUUAUGAAAUGUGAUGAAUCAAUUAUAUUUGUCUUGAGAAACAUGAAUUAUCUAAAUCAUAUGUUCAAUAUAUUACAUAUAACGAAACAAUUGAACUGAAAAUAUAUCAA